UCCAUUCAUUUCUUAGUUCUUUCAAUUUGUUAUUACCUUGACCACCUUCUGCCCUGUCUGUAAUCCCGACCUGCACUUUAUCCUGCAAGCUCUUUAAAGAGCUUUCAUAAUUCUGGCACGUGGUUUUUAGAGCGUCAUUUUGCUUCCUUAUUUCUAGAAUCUCUUCUUUUAAUUCUUGGUUUAUUCCAUUGACCUUCUCACAUUCAGCUACUCUCAAUUUCAGGGCUGUGUUUUCUGUUUGCAGUCGGUCUUAUUUGUCCAUGAGACUGGACAUCAUCUUCAUAUAUCUUAAUUUUACCUCAGCAAACCGCCCUCUGCUGGCGGAACCUCCACAUGAGAUAUGCUUGCCUCGAACCACACCAGUUGUUUCCUUGGCACCGCACUGGACGGACGCGCUGUGCGGGCUUAGUGUUUUUCGCACGGUGUUGUUUUUUCAGGUAAAGCCACGUCACUUGUUACGCAGGUACAGUGCCUUCUACCCGUGAUCCUGUUAGGAGCGGGUAGCACUGGAAUUUGGUUGUUUUUUCCACUGUUACGCAGUGCAUGUGCCGCUCAUAUUGGUCUCGGCUGGAUUGUGUUUUUCGUCACCAGGUUUGCAACCAUGUCUGCUGCUGAGGGGGUGUCUGCUGACCCUCGGGGUUCGCCAGCUGCUCUGAGGCGCAGCAGGUCUUCCAGGCCAGGCCUUGCGGUGCCCUGUGACGUCGAUUUAAGCCGCAGGUCCAGCAGUUCGUCGCCAGUUGCUGGACGGUCGGAUGUUUACAGACCGAGGCGCCGGUCUGGCGGUAGUUGGUCGCAAGCAGGGCCGGCGUUAUCUACCAGUGGUGCCCCGUGGGAUGCUGUGAUGGCAGCCUUGGCAGAGCUGCGGGAGGACGUCAACACGUUGAAGGUUGCAAGAUUGGUGGCUUCCCCUGCGCCACCAGUGAUUGACGGGGCAGGGACUUCUACUGGUCAACAUCGGCCGAGUUCCCCUGCUUACUUCUCGGGUUUUCACGACUCUGCUAGUGACGGCGAGUCGGUGGGUCAGGACACGGGCGGCAGCGCCUUGUUGCAGGCGGCCAAGGCCUUUGGGCCUGCCGAUCAGGUUUCGGCUGACAUUGACCCGAAGGUUGCCGAGAUGGUGAACUUUGUGUUCGACAGUGGUUUGCGAGAAGAUGACUACAAAGAGGAUGACAUGGUCAAGAGGCCUGCUAACUGUCCUGCCCUCGCACUGGUAGACUGUAAUCCGCAAGUCUUGGAGGCUUUGCGCACCGAUGCCAAGAAGGCGAAUUUCCGGUUGAAGGACGUCAACAAAGACAUUCAGAGGGCGGCUACCAUCAUUGUAAAAUCUCUUUUGCGCUUGGAUAAAGUGGUGCAAGAUGAGGGUCAUUCUGUGCUUGCGCACGAAGUGGGCUUGUUAAAUGGGGCUCUGGCCUUGUUAGGCAAUGCUAACAUUGCUCGUCGGUUCGUGAUGAAACGGGAGUUGAACCAAAAGUAUGCCUAUCUGUGUUCGGAUAAGGUCCCAAUAUCACAGUGUCUUUUUGGCGAUGAUGUUUCUCUUUCUGCAAAGCAGAUUGAGGACACAGAGAAGCUCAAGAACAAAAUUACCAUGAAGAAGCCGGUGUCUGCAUGGAAGUUCGCAGGGGGCAGGUCGCGUGGAGUCUGGGGUCGGCCUGCUCACAGGGGCUGGUCCUCCAGAGUCCACCCUUACGUGCCGUCGCGACCGGCCUUCAGGAGUGGUCUGAGGUCAGGCCCCAGCCGCCAGGACACGGAGUCAAAAAAUGGCAGAGGCCGCUCCCAGUACCGGCCCCGGCCAUAAGAGGCAAGUACCACUUUUGAAGCUGGCAGGCUUCAGUAUUUUGCUCAUGAGUGGCAUAAAAUUACUAGAGAUCCUUUUGUUUUAGAUAUUGUUCAACACUACCAUUUUGACAUCAAUUCAGCUGACAUUGCCCACUUAUUUGCAGGUGAUCUUGAAUAUCAUUUUAGUGUGCCAGAACAACAGAUUGUUUCUAGGGAGAUUGCCAAACUUUUACAGCUUAAGGUGAUCAAACGUACACAGAGGACAGAUGAUCAAAUCAUCUCUCCAAUUUUUUUAAGGGAAAAGAGGAAUGGUGAGGCUAGGGUGGUGCUGAACUUAAAAGAACUCAACACCUACAUUCCAUACAAACACUUCAAAAUGGAAAAUUUUGAACAGGCAAUUACUUUGUUAAGUGAGGGGGAUUUCAUGGCCUCUGUUGACUUGAGACACGCAUAUUAUUCAGUUAGGAUUGCAGAGGAACAACAGCGUUUCUUUUGUUUCACAUGGCAUAACAACAUUUAUCAGUUUACCUGUUUACCUAAUGGUGUGUCUGAAGGCCCAUGUUUUUUCACCAAGCUUAUGAAACCCGUGUUUGCUGCUUUAAGGGAGAAAGGUCACCGGAUUACUAGUUUCAUUGAUGACACCCUCAUUUGUAACAGUACCAGGCAGGGUUGUUUAAACUGCAUUCAUGACACUAUCCAGUUGUUGACGAAGCUGGGGUUUCACAUUAAUUUUGAGAAAUCAGUGCUUGUUCCCACUCAGCGUAUUGAGUAUUUAGGUAACAUGAUUGAUACGCAAAGUAUGACUGUGUCCUUGCCUGAAUGCAGGAUCAAUAAGAUCCUGCUGGCUUGUAAGUCUCUCAUGAGUAAAGACAGGGAUAAAAUUUGAGAAGUCGCUCGAGUCACUGGUCUUUUGGUGGCUGCCUCUCCAGCUGUGACUCUUGGUAAAUUGCACUACAGGACACUGGAAAGGGCAAAAAUUUUGGCUUUGCAACAAGCAAAAGGAGAUUUUGACAAAACGUUGGAGGUCACUAAGGAUAUGACAGAUGAUUUGACAUGGUGGGUUCAUAAUGUUUCCAUCCAGAACAGACUGAUUUUCAGGGGAGGUGCGGACAUUGCCUUGCACACAGACACUUCCAACACAGGCUGGGGAGGUCAUUUAAAUGAGCGUAUCACUGGGGGCAGUUGGUCGUUAGAGGAACAACACCUUCACAUAAAUGCCCUUGAACUUAAGGCUGUUUUACUUGCUCUGCAGACCUUCCACUGACCUAAAAGACAAGCACAUCAAAGUCUUUUGUGACAACACCACGGCAAUGACUUACAUUAAUGAAAUGGGAGGUACCAAAUUUCUUACUUGCAACAACAUUGCCACAGCUAUCUGGGAGUGGUGUUUGGCAAAAUAAUGCUUGGAUUACCUGCUCAUUCAUUCCAGGUAAAGACAAUGUUAGGGCAGACUUGGCAUCUCGUCAUAGGAACGAACGCCAUGAAUGGCAACUGAAUGUGUAAUUUUUCGUGCCCUGUGUCAUGUUUUUUGGCACUCCUACCAUAGAUCUGUUUGCCUCCAGACUGAACAAACAAGUUCCGCUUUUCUGUUCUUGGAGGCCGGACCCCGAAGCUGCUUACUUUGAAGCCUUUUCCAUCAAGUGGUCAAUGUUUCCUCUUUGUUACAUGUUUCCCCCUUUUUGACUCAUCUCUAGGUGCCUACAGAAACUGCGGGCCGAACAAGCCGAGGGCUGGAUGGUGGUGCCCCUGUGGCCGUCACAGCCAUGGAUGGGCAUGUUGUUGCACAUGCUGGUCGACCACCCUCGGUUGAUUAUGCGGGGGCAAGCAGUUCUGACACAUCCGUCCUCGGCAGCCCAACACCCAGUUUUGGUCCACACACAACUCAUGGCAUGCAGGUUAUCAGAGAGUCUCUCAAAGCACGAGGCAUAUCUGCAGACGGUUCAGACAUCAUCAUGGCCUCUUGGAAGCCGGGGACGGCCAGACAAUACAGACCACACAUCAGAACGUGGGGUAUGAAUGCCUUAAUACUGCCAGAAGUGCUCUUUCUUCUCUGGGUAUUGUCACUGAUGGCUGCCGAGCGGGGAACCACCCUCUGGUGGUCCGAUUUAUGAAGGGAGUGUUCAACCUCCGGCCUCCGCUCCCCAGAUACACGGUCACUUGGGACGUGGCUCCAGUCCUGGACACGUUACGCUCCUUGCAUCCUCUCCAUGAGCUACCCCUUAAAACUUUAACCCUAAAGCUAGUUACUCUUAUGGCUCUUACACAAGCAGCGAGGGUCCAGACUCUACAUUUUGACUGUACCUAACUGGAGUUACUUUUGUUGUUUUAUUGUUUCUUUGGUUGACAUUCUGUAUUCAGUAUGGUUAUGAGUUUGGAACUGCAGGUGUACUUUCAGUUUAAGUUUUCUAGGUUUCAUUUACUUUCUUAUCUUGUACAUGUACCUUCAUGUAUGCUGGCAGGUAUUUCCAGUAAAUUUUGUUUUGCAUCUU